AUGAGUCUGGACUUCGAGCUCACCGAUGUGCACGUCCUCAUCACCGGAGCUUCAGGCGGAAUCGGCGUCGCUCUAGUCAAGACCUUUCUCUCCCUUGGCUGUCGUGUAACCGCCCAGUACAACAGCUCUGGCAAGUCGUUGCACACGCUCUAUGAUGGUCUGGAGCCCCAAAAGCGCGAGUACCUCUAUUCCUUUCAAGCUAAUGUGACAUCUGAGGCCGACGUCGCCAAACUAUUCGCCACCGCCCAAUCAGUACAUGGCAUUGACGUUCAUGCUCUGGUCGUCAACCACGGUAUCUUCCCAACGACCGACGUCCCUCUCGCAGAUAUGUCCCUUGCCCAAUGGCGCAACACUCUCUCGGUCAACCUGGACGGCACCUUCCUCCUUUGCCGCGACUUCCUCCGCCAAUUCCGCAGCGCCAGACCGUCUGUCUCCAGCUCCCCAGCAAUAAGCAUCACCCUCAUAGGCAGCACCGCCGGAAAAUACGGCGAAGCCAACCACGCCGACUACGCGGCCUCCAAAUCCGCCAUACAGACCGGCCUGCUCCUCUCCCUCAAGAACGAAAUCGUCGCCAUCGCUCCUAAGGGCCGCGUCAACGCCGUCAACCCAGGCUGGGUACGCACCCCAAUGGCGGAGGAGAUCGUUAAGGACGAGGCGCGGAUGAAGAGGGCUUUGGCGACGACGCCGCUGCAGAAGAUCGCGACGCCAGAGGAUGUGGCGAGGCAGGUGGCGGUAUUGGUGAGUCCGGCGUUGAGUGGGCAUGUUAGUGGGGUUGGGUUGCAGGUUGAUGGCGGCAUGGAGGGGAGGGUCGGCGGUUGGUUUUGA